AGUAACGUAAACAAAGCUAACAGUUGUUCCUGUGCUUAUUUCAUUGGAAAAACUCUUAAAAUAUAAUUAUAAAUACAAUCACUUUUAAACUAAUUAUUUUUUAAUCUAUGCAACUACCUACUGGUACUGAAAAACUAGUGUUAAUUAUAAUAAAUGGAAGACUUCAAGAAGCUAGACGACGUUUUAAAAAACUUCGUGCAAAAAUGGUUCAAUACGAGCCGGUAUUCGAUGCGUUAUCAAAACAGACAGUUGUCGGAAUGUGGCGACAUCGUGGUCAAACUUAUUGAGCCCCAAAGAAUCGAUACAGCCGACUUUGCAGUGCAAUCGUUAGUUGAAGAAAGUAUAGAAUGGAAGUUACCGCUAGAAAACAUAAAAAUGUUCAGUUCAUCUAUAGCUUUUCAUUUGAAACGUGAAUACGUCUUUCGUUACUGUAUAGAGAAAGCUCUUGACCACAAGCUGGGGUUUGGAGAUGAACCUUCAAGCGAGAUUUCUGUUAUUAGUGACGUAGAUGAAAUUUCUUCAGACAAUUUCAACAUGACGGAUUUUCGACUUUCAACCGUACAAAAAGUAGUUAAAAACUUGUUAGAUUUCGGUGGAUUCAAAAUGAUUCAUCCAACAGAAAAUCCCACACUAAUCAUAAGCAUCGUGAGAAAUCGCAAUAAGGAAUUCAAUGCUUUUGAACUUGUGUGUGGGCCGGUAACAUCACAGUUUAUCAACGCAAAAGAUUACGUCAAAAAACGUGCUAAUGACAUGCAGCUGAUUGCGCAGCAUAAGUAUGGAAUACGCGUAAGGGAUCAUCGACACUUCCAGGAAACGAUCGCUAGUCUGGGACGGUCGGCUGCCAUUGUCGACAUGCUGGAAUCUAAAGCAUCGAGUCCGGUUGAUAUGAGAAAAGAUAAAUAUCAGUCUAGCAAGGGAGCUUCAUUCAUUUUGUACAAUUAUGCAAGAUUGUCUGUUAUAUUCGAAACAUUAUCGGAAAAGCAGAAGAUAGGUUAUUAUCCAGAAUUACCAUCUUUGGAGGACAUUGAUUUCAGUCGGCUGGAAGAAGAGGACGAAUGGCAUCUGUUUUGGGUCUACGUGGCUGGUUUCCCCAACAUGGUAAAACAGGCUCUGGGCGACGGACAACUGGAACGAUUGUCGCCACAUUUAGUGUUAGCCUUCACAUCGGGAUUGGUCAUUUGUCUGAGCAAAUACUAUCGGCGGAUCCGGAUAUUAACGGAAAAUCGGGAUCAUCUGUUAUCCACCAUGUUUGCACGAAUUUAUAUGCUAAAAUCAGUGUAUUAUGUUUUGUCGACAUUGUUAAAUAUGUUGGACCUUGAAGCAGUGACGCAAAUGUAACGUUAUUUAAUUUUA